AUUCUGUGGGUAGCUGCGUCAAACACAUGUUCGAGGAAAGAACAUUGUGUACAUGUUGCUACAAAAACCGGCCAUACGUACGUAUUACAUAAGUAUUACUUUGUGUCACAAAGUUUGUGUAUACAUGUGUUCAUUCUUAAAUUCGCAUUUCUUUCGGUUUCGAGUUAAUUAAAAUUACUAGUCCACAUUCAAUCAGACUCGUCAUGGAAAAUUUCGAGCUAACAAUUCGUCAACUGUUUAACAAACUUCGGAUUGACACAUUCGACCAAGUUUUAAGCGAGUUUAUCAAUUUACGAUUAGAAGGGAAGGAUCCCUUAAUAAACGUGGUGGUUACCGUUAUUCUCGAUAAGGUUGUCAGUAAACCUUAUACGUCUGGGUUAUAUGCAAAAUUGGUUCACAAAUCUAACGUUGUGCUUAAAACGUUAAGGACAAAAGUACUUGACAGACUACAAACAGAUUUACAAUCGGUCCUAGUAAAUGCAAAACAGAUCGAUCAAGUUUGUCGUGCUGGGUCAGGCCGUCAAGAUUUUGAAAUAUUGGGAGCACCUUUGAAACUCAUGAAGGCCAAAUGCAUAAAAGUAAUCGUUGGUAAUGUCACACUUAUCGGUGAAUUCUUUAACAUGGCUGUGAUACCGAAUCAAACCCUGAUGGACACCGCUAAUGCAAUUUUAAAACAAACUGAUGACAUAAGUCUGGUGGCUUUGUGCGCCUUGGUUAACACAAUUGGACCCUCACUAGACGAGAAAGUAAGACUGAUAAAGGUUUCAACCGUGGCGAAUAAUGUUGCAAAAUCGGCAAGAACUGAAAACUUUGUGGAAUGGGCGACAAAUUUGUUCCUAAAUCUUGAAAAGAUUUAUCGCAUGAAAGGUGUCUCAACAGAAUCAAAAAAUGAGAUUUUAGAUGUUUUAAAACGAAGAGCGAAAAACUGGAAGUCUGAGGAAGGAAAUCCUGUAGAGCUUGAUAAAACCGUGGGGGUGGAGUCAAAACAAACUUUGCAUCUUAACGGAGAUAAGAUUUGUCACAUCCUAAAUAAACUAACGAUCGACAACGUUGACAACAUUGCGAAAGACUUUCAAGGAUUAUCCCCGCAAGAAUUUGAUAAUCAAAUUACUGCCAUAAUCGACACAAUGUUUAGCAAGAUUAUUCACACCGUAGCACUCACGAAGGCUUGUGCAAGUUUGGUUCAAAUUUUCUGCUCUAAGUCAUACCCAUCGCGUAAAGUUUUCCAGUCAAAGAUACGAAUUCGAUGUGAAGAAGAGUUUUUGUACAAUACAGAAAAUUGUGUAAGAAUUAAAGAAAUCGAAGACCAAUUAAUGCGUGCUCAAACCACUCAAGGCUCUAGUCGCCAAGCACAAAAAUCCAUGGGGUCUCUUGAAGAUGAAGUUACUAUUUGGAGGCAACAUUUCCGUGCAAAUGCGAGGUUCAUAGGGGAACUAUUCAAUACGAAUAUCUUGGAAUUUCAGUUCGUCGUGGCGUGCACUAACAAACUUUUGGCGACAAAAGAUGACGAAAGCCUGAAAAGUCUUUGCGUAUUGUUGAAAACAUCAGGAGAAAAAUUGCACAAAGAUUGUGCCAAAUGGACGGGAAAAACGUUGAAAUCCUUACAAUUGCUGGCCGAUGGUGGGGAAGUAUCCAACACUACGAGAUCCACUAUUCUGAACCUAAUUGAGCAUAGUAGAAAGAAAUGGGAGUUAGUAGACACAUCUAAAACUUCAUUGGCUCUAAAUUCUAUUGCCGAAAUAGCAAAUCAUGACGCAGAAAUCGGUUUACUAGUGGAGACUAUGAGUGACCAGUGUGCCAUGUCUAAUGCCAGCCAUUCCACGUUGAUGUCUGCAAAUUCUACCCUGGACAAGAACGGGUACGAAUUUGUGCCACGUGGCCAUAAAAAUUCAAUCAGUACUGCAACAUCAACCUCAAGUAGAGAACAGAGCGUGGGAUUUCCAUCGAAUUCCAGUAUUUUAAACUUAAGCGCUUCCAGAAAACAGGAUAUUACUCUAGAUAAAAUUACACCGUCUGGUCACCUCAAGUAUUUAUCAAUGUAUGAAAAUUAUGACAGAAUGUUGUCCAAGUUGCCACCCGAUGUUGUGGAGGAUAUUAACAUGGAAAUUUCUACCCUUAUCUACCAACGCUUAAAACACCACAAUGAGCUGCAGAACCUUCUAGAAAAUAAGGGGGAUGAGUUCGAAAACGAUAUGUUCACCAUGACUUAAAAUUUCUUAGAAUAUAAAGAUUAUUAAAAAUGGAUAUUUAUGUACGUAUGCUAAGAAAUAAUGCAAUUUAUACGGGUUUUUAUCGGUAAGCAUCACCUUGAGAAAUUCAGGGUAUGACGUAUUACUUAAUUUUCUGGGUUGUGUUUAAUAUUUCAACCACCUUUUCCUCCAAUAAUGUAAAAUUACCAAUUCUAUAUCAGGUCAAAAUUAUAAUAAGAAUUAAAUUUUAGUCAAGACUUUAAU